ACGUUGGUCGCUAUCAAACCCUUCUCCCUUCGCUACUAUCGGUGAUAAAAAUUUUUAUCAUUAUGGUUUUGUUGAUUUCUAUCUACCAUCGAGAUUCACUCAGACCUUGGCCACAGUAACGUUCACUUCAAGAUAGUUCUGUUUUUAAAAAACAAAAAAAAACCUUCACUCUUCUUGGAUUUUGGAUACAUAUGGUUGAAUCCUCUAAUAGCGCCUCAUAUUUUUCCUCUCUCCAGAAUUCAUGUUUUAAAAAUCUUCUAGUUCUUCCGAGUUUAUAAAAUGGAAUUAAAAAUUCAUAACCGGAGGUGUAAAUUAUCUCAGGUGAAUGAAGUAAGCGAAGUGGUCGGCGCAUGGUAUUGUAUCAAUACGCCCAGAAAACCUAAUCCGUCGUCACUCAAUGACAAUUUUUGGACAGUAGGCUAUGUCGUCGGAAGUGGAACCCCAGUGGCAGGCAGAACCGAACGGGAUUCGUACUUAUCACCUACCCUCUCCAUCUCGAGAAGGCGAUGACUCGAAAGAAGGGUCCACAAGUCCAAUUCAGUCUUGUGAGAAUACCGGUUCAGAGUCCAUAGCGGAGCUUGUCACGUCUGAAAUUAGGAUCAUUAAUGGAGAAACACCCCCUGAAAUCUUAGAAAGUCCAGAGUCGGCAGCUGAAACGGUCAAAGCCGUGGAGAGCAUCAGUGGAGACGUGCGUGAGGGGGACUCGAACCAACCCACGCCCCCACCCCCAAAUCUAGAGGCCGAGGAACCAGUGACCUACACCGAAAUACACACCCUCCAGCCGGCGGCUGUGGUGACAGAUUUACAGCCCGUCACGCUUGACCACGCCGGGCACCUGCUACCCAAGGAAGACGUGGACGCCUUCUUCAGACACAUGGAACCGAUGCCAACCUCCGUCUCAGUGACCAAUUACACGACCCUGACAAACGCACCCAUGUCAUUGGCUCACUCUGUGUAUCAGACUCUCAACGGGCCCUCGUCCGCCUCAAACGCCGGCAGCAUGCCCCACGCUACGGUCCUCUCCGACGGGCAGUCCUACCUUAACUCCAUGACCCACUUAUACCCUCCCUCAUCCCGCUCCCCCGGGCAAUACGGCAUUUCUACCACGGAAACCAGUGGAUACUUAAACCCGCACGAAUACUCUGGGAGCCCGGGGAAUGGAAAAUAUUCUCCCUAUGACAGUACGAAUUCCGGGGGUCUCCGGAGCGACAGUAUGUCGUCCGGGAUUUCAUCUUUGCUGAGACAGGGCCAGCUUCCACCCUAUUCUGAUUUUCUGACUCAAGAUUUGUCAGGAUUUAACCCAUAUCACGGCCUGACGCAAGAAACGAGAUUACAAGCAGACGACCAAGACUACUUCAAUAACGAAUGUCGAGAGUGUGUCAACUGCGGCGCCAUUUCUACUCCGUUAUGGCGAAGAGACGGGACCGGUCAUUAUUUGUGCAACGCCUGCGGACUGCUCCACAAGAUGAACCCCGGGCAAUCCAGAACGCCAGUCAAACAGCCCAACCGUGAGAUUUUAACUCAAAUACUUAACGACGAACAACCCCCUGUUUGGGCUUUGACGGCACUCACGGAUCCCCUCCAUUCAGAAUCGCCCAUCUCCGAGGAGGAGAAAGCGCCGCCCCCCAUAAAACGGAUCGACGACGCCAAGUUUGACAAGAUAAGCGGCAUUAACAACAACAACAGAAGUAGGAUGGGAUUAUCGUGUGCUAAUUGCAAUACAUCCACCACGACCUUAUGGCGACGUAACGGCGAAGGAGAACCUGUCUGUAACGCAUGCGGCCUCUAUUACAAACUGCACCAGGUGAACCGGCCUUUAUCCAUGAAGAAAGACGGAAUCCAAACUCGAAAACGGAAACCCAAGACCCCCGGGAAAUCCAAAUCCCCCUCCAAGGAUUCGCAGCAUCACCCCCAACAGGAGCCCUCGCUUGCCCCUCCAAUGUACACCCCGCCCCAGGUGUCCUCUGCCUACCACCCCCCUCAGCAACCUUCCUCCCAGGGGCUGUUGGAUUUGUCCGUGGCGCGCUCAGAUCCAGGCGAUAACCAUACGACAGGUAUGGACAUGAAGCCCAGUGUAUCCAACUUUAACCUAUACCAAACCCACAGUUCUGUGUUGGCAGCGCUUAGUUCCCCUCCCCCGGCCUUAUUACAGGUCGGAGGCAACUCGCACGGGAUUCUCCCUUCCAUCAAUCACGUGACAUCUCACUUGCAGCACAAUGACGUAUUACGCAUGAACUAUGACAGUGACCUCAUGAUGAAGCAGGAGCCUCACAUUUUUGAACCUUCACCCCCGAAAGCCGUGCCCGUCGCCGUAAACCCAGACGACAUAAAGCAAGAGGACCUGGAAACUAGGUCAAAUGGAAUUUCUCCCCACAGCGACAUCGUUCAGCUGAAGGCAGCUUCGGUAAUGGCCGAGGAAUCCGAAAGCGAUUUCAACAACCGGAACUUGUGUCCACCUACAGUGAGCGCCAAAUAGUCAUGGGAAUCAUUCGGGUAUUUCUUUAUUCGGGAAUACUUACAAAAUAAAUCCAAUGCUCGAAUCCGGCAUAAUUAUCAACCAAACCCACUUCAUCUUUAACAAGGACUAUUUUCUUAUCAUGUCGUGUUGUACUCAGUGGAACAAACCACACUACCGUUAUAUUCAUGCGCUGCAUUGGAGUGACUAGGGUCCAGCUCUAACGUAUUACCGAACUUUUUUUUUUAUACAAAGAUUUAAUAUCGUCAAGACGAGAAUAUUUUUUGUAAAGGGUAUAUAAAAGUCAUAAUAAUGUUGAUUCAUUUUCCGUAUGCAAAACUAUUUUUUAUGUUUAUUUUAGAGAAGUAGUAUUUUCUUGUCAUUGCAAUUACAAAUUUAUGAUGCGUUAAAAAAGAUUGCACAUUUUUUAUGAAAUUUUUAUCUUGAAUUGGUAUAUAAAUCAACAAAUAACUAUGUGAUUCAUGUAAGUAUUUGGGGAAAAAUCAACUUGUGAAUACGUGUGAUUAUAGAUUAUGACUUUGUCUCACAUCUAGGGUAACUUCAUAAUUCAUAUUUAGUUGUGUACAUAUCUUUAAUUGUAUAUAUUAAUUAUCAGGUAAAACUUAGCUACCAUACGUAGUUUUGAUCAAUCUUGCCAGUAAAUCUAGUGUCUAGAGAAAUACAUUAAUAUUAAUAUUGCACUUUUGAGAUGUCAAGAAAAUUUGUACAUUCCUUGGGGGGAAAAGAAACCACUUACUCUUUUGUUGUAGUUGCUUUUCUUGCCACCAAGAAAAAAGAAUUGAAGUAGAAAUUCGAUCUGUUGAUGUUCGAACUUUUUGAAUAUGAAAUGUACAAAUAAUUUUUUUUUUCAUGGACAAUCUUCUGCUAAUUUCUUGCCAAUCGUGUAUAUUUCUGAUUAAAACAUUCCACAACUAAAAAAAA